GGGGGCGGCGGGCGCCGCACUCGCUGAGGCCCGACGCAGGGCCGGGCGCGCCCAGGGCCGGAGCGCAGCGGCCGGAGUGGCCGCGGAGGCGACGCCGAGGCCGCGCGCGCGACGAGCAGGUGGCGGCGGCUGCAGGACGGCUGUUCUCAGUGAAGGACCCUGCGCCCGCUCCUGAGCAGCGGCCAUGGGCCUGCUCGCCUACCUGAAGACCCAGUUCGCGGUGCACCUGCUCAUCGGGUUCGUGUUCGUGGUCAGCGGGCUGGUCAUCAACUUCGUCCAGCUGUGCACGCUGGUCCUCUGGCCCGUCAACAAGCAGCUCUACCGCCGACUCAACUGCCGCCUCGCCUACUCGCUGUGGAGCCAGCUGGUUAUGCUGCUGGAGUGGUGGUCCUGUACGGAAUGCACGCUGUUCACGGACCAGGCCACGGUCGACCGUUUCGGCAAGGAGCACGUGGUCAUCAUCCUCAACCACAACUUCGAAAUUGACUUCCUCUGCGGGUGGACCAUGUGUGAGCGCUUUGGCGUGCUGGGGAGUUCCAAAGUCCUCGCAAAGAGGGAGCUGCUUUACGUGCCGCUCAUCGGCUGGACGUGGUACUUCCUGGAGAUCGUGUUCUGCAAGCGGAAAUGGCAGGAGGACCGGGACACCGUCCUCGAGGGGCUGAAGCGCUUGUCCGACUACCCCGAGUACAUGUGGUUCCUCCUGUACUGCGAGGGCACACGCUUCACGGAGAAGAAGCACCGCGUCAGCAUGGAGGUGGCCCUGUCCAAGGGGCUCCCCGUGCUCAAGUACCACCUGCUGCCUCGCACCAAGGGCUUCACCACGGCGGUCCAGUGCCUGCGAGGGACAGUGGCCGCGGUCUACGACGUCACGCUGAACUUCCGUGGAAAUAAGAACCCGUCUUUGCUGGGAAUCCUCUACGGGAAGAAGUACGAGGCCGACAUGUGUGUGAGGAGGUUUCCUCUGGAAGAGAUCCCACUGGAUGAGAAGGAAGCGGCCCAGUGGCUUCAUAAACUGUACCAGGAGAAGCAUCUUGCAUGUUUCUUGACUUGUGAGAACUCAGCACACUAGAGAAAAGUAGGAAGGAUGACGUACAACUGUGGCUGCCACACUAUCACACUGGUUUCGCGUUUUCUCGUAAAAGUGGAUAGAUCUACAGCCUGCACAUAGUGUGUGUGUGAUUUAUGCAAGAGACGCAGUGUAGGUGACGUGAGGAGAUCCGUGUGCCAAGCACGGAUCCUUCUCCGCUCCCCCCGCAGCACGCCCUGCCCUGAAACUUCACACCAGCUUGUUUUAUACACACGAACACACAGGACACGGUAUCUUCAUCUUCAGCAUCGGGGGCGCUUAGAGAGAGACAAGAUCCUUUCCACAUACAACAGGUUCCCUUUUAAAGGCACGGGUGAGCUUUUAAGAAAAUAAGGGACAUCUCUAAGGGUCCAAAAAGAAGGGAGAGCUGAAAGCCCGGGGUAAGCCUGUGAACUUGGGGACGCCCCACCCUGCGAUGGCGUUUGCUGGUCCCUCACCCUUACCCUGGAGUCUUGGGUUCGAAUGCCCGCCCGGAAACAGAAGGUAGGGUUGAGCUCGUUGCAGGCAGAGACUUUUGAGAGUCUUGCCCUCGCACCGUGAAUUAAAAGAAACCAACCUGCCCGCACAGGAAACAGACUUCGACGUUCUCCUUUCUCCUCUGGGUCUCCACAAGGUCUCCCUGAUAACUCGUGAUCACAGGCCGGUGCUCAGAGGGGUUUGCGGUUUGAAUUUAUCCCAGCGACAUAGUUCAGGGAGAGCAGAGCCAAAAUGUCAACAAGUGGUUCUAGACAAAGCACUCCAGAGUUCCCGAGAAAAGCACACAGAGAGCUGGAGAAAUGCAGGUAAACACAGGUUUCUGUGGGUCAGGUCCCGUGGGAGACGAGCACAGAACAGAGCACGUGUGCAGCGCCGCACGGACACAGAACGGAGGACGUUCGCCAGCGGAUCCGCAGAGACUAAAAUCAGUUUGUUUGAAGUGACUGAGCACGAAGAAGGACCCGAAAAGAGUAACGCCCACGGAGAAAAAGAUUUGAGAAGAACCAGGUAGAAUUUACAGGCAGCAAAAACCGAGUCACUGACGGUGAAGUGUUAGUUAGUAGGUUAAAUGACAGAUUGGGUCCAGCGGAAGAGAGAGUGACCUGGAAGACUUCGAGGAGAUUACUCAGAAGGUAGCACAGCAGAAGCACGGACAGGAAAGGAAGUUUAGCAGACGCGGAGCACAGGCCGAGAGGUCCGCUCUGUGACUACUGGCAGGUUCAGAAAGGGACAGGAGUGGUGGGGGGCAGGUGUCAGAGAUGACAACGGUGAGCUCCUGGCAUUCGUCGGGUUCCAGAAACACAGGUCUGGAACAGGGAAAUAAAGAGAAAUUCGUCCCUACUGAUCUGAAAUCGCGGGACGCGGAAGACCGUGAGAUCUUAGAAUAACCAGAGAGAGGGGAAGUCGUUCCCACGAGGGAGUGACUGUGAAGUUGACAUUAGACACACCUUACUAUGCGCCGGGGCCUCUUAUAAACGCCUUACACACGUUUUAUCCUAAUAGUCACACGCACACUGACAUGCACGUAUGCAUACAUGUGUUAAAAAUAGAGUAAACCCAGAGAGACUAGAACAAAGAACAUAAUAUAAACAUAGCAUUCAUCAUUUGAACAGAAAGCAAAGCUACAAAAGCGUGUUAUCAACUGUACCAAAUGCUUUUCCUUUAAAAAUACUAACAAAAUUUAAAAAAGUAAAAUAAAUAAAAAGAAGAACAUAAAAAUAAAAAUACUAACAACGUAGAAAACGGUGGACAAGCCUGUCCCGUUAGAAGAGGGACAGCAUCCACAGAAGUGAAAAGGUAAGCCCGGAGGAGCACGGGAGACAGGAGGAGGGUCACCAGCGCCGUGUUCCUGCGCUGGAAAUCUCAGAUAAAGUGAAUGACGAUUUCCAAGAAGGUGAGUCUCUCCAGAAGAGAAAUAAAGCCUAGUGGGAAAGAAAUGCAGCAUUCGCGUGUAGGUAGACAGAAAGGCAGAGAGAUCUUGAGCACAGGAGACAGUCCGUCUCCGAAGCCAGGCAGCUUGUGAGGGUUUUAACUCUUACGAUAGACGAUUGUGUGCAACAGUGUUAUUCAACAGAAGAGGAGAAGUAACGUAACUGUGUCAUUAGGAAACAGGACAGUGUGUGUGUUCAUCUGCGAUGGUGCAGUCGUGGUGAACCGACUGCGUUUCAUCUGCAGAACCAGAUCGUGUGGACGCAGUGUGUCGACACGGCGGGCGGCGGUGCGCGUGCGGGCCACGUGGGGACUGUGUUUGCACGCACACACCUGUUGGGUGCACCUGCAGCGUGUCGGGGGUGGAGGACAGAGGGCCCAGCCGGGACCCAGCAGCCUCUGGGGGUGGCGGAGUAGGGGCCUCAUCUCUGUCCCUAAGGUUCACCUUCUAGAAUCAUCUAACACAGAUGUAGCAAGGGACAAGCUUUGACAUAGAUGACUUUUGAAAACAUAGGUAUUUUUCUAUUAUUUGCCAUGUUUUUCUAUACUACUGAAAUACAUGGUAACAUUUUUAGUCAUUUUUUGUGUCACUUAACGGUUUAAUUUAUAUUAAGGACAUUAAGGUGUUCUGUUUUUUCUUUUGUCAGUCACUAUCGUGUUUAUAUCUGUCAACACUGACAUAAAUAGGUUUAAUUCACUCCUUUCAGGUUUU